CCAUUUUGGUUAUAUUGUUAUACUAUCUAAGAAAGCAUCAUCCGUUGGUAUAUGGGAUGAAGAAAUAUAUAUUUGGAUUUCCUACUAAUAGUUAGAGAUACUAAGGCGAACCAAUUCUUGAUAUUGGACCAGAAGUUUUAAUAACCCAAAAUGUUAUAACAUGAGACAUUUUUUUUCUUUUGCCAGACAUUUAGAUAUGAGUUAUCUGUCUGCAAUGGUAAAGGGUGUUGAGGUAAGUCACUCCCAAAAUACAUAGUUUGAAAUCCCAACUUUCAAACGAAUCCUCAAUUACUUUGGAUUAUAAGUCACUCUCUAAGGCUGCAGUACGACCUUAAUACUUGCUAAGAAAUGAUGGAGCAGUACGGCCAGUACUACAACAUUUUUUCUAUUAAAUGUUUUCAUUUCUCUGUUAUGACUUCAAAUGAAUGCAAUUUUCUUUCUCCCUUUCUUUUUGGUGUUUUGGCAAACAAGACCUAUCAACAUUAUAUAACACCAUCCAUGAAUCGAAUAUCGAGUUUGAUUUGCUUUCUGGGCUAUAUUGUGUCUGCAAUGAAUGCUAUCUUUAGUCACUCGUUAGUUGUGCUUCACCAUUAACAAAGAAGGAUCGAUCCGAGAUCAUGCAUGUGUAAAAACAAAGGAAUUAUAUCAUGUCGAUCAAUUCAGUUUAAAGUUCAAGAAAAAAACGAGUUCUUUGUUGCUAAGUGGGAGUCUCAAACUUUUGUCAGCUCUUUCGAUGAUUGUAGGAGCAAGAGUCCAUGUACGGAUGAGGGUUUUUACUCAUACCCUGACGACAGUUUUGUCACUGGAGUUGAGUUUAUGAGCACUGGGUAGACUAUUUGAGGUUUAUGAUUAGCUUGGGGCACAGAAUUUAAAAGAGGUUGCAUGUCCUCAAACUGAAUUCUUUAAUUGCUAUCCAACUUGUUUUGUGUUAUAAGUGCGACGAGGUGGGGAAUUGAACUAUAAGUCUCUAUUAUGGAGGCGUGAUUACUUGAUUAGUAGACCACAUGGGCUUCUCUAACUACUAUACGCCUUUUUAACACAGACCAACACGUCGCAUCACGACACCUCUAGUACUACCUAUGCCAUUAGUUAUAUGGUCUGUAGCAUACAUAUAAGGGAAAUAAUGUAUGGGAUCAUAUGUUCAACCCUAAUAGGUGUUGCAUAGCUAUGUAGUUAAUACUUGUUUUCUACCCUAGCUUGUUUUUGUUGCUUUGUUUUGUUCUUCGGUCAGUAUUUGGUAAAGAUAUGGUGGACCUUUAUGUUGGGAGUGUAAAUGAAAUUGAUCUAGUGGGGUGGGUACUGGUAGCAACAUCUCCACCUUCUUUCACUUGACAGAGGAGGGUAAAUUUCUAUGCAACAUACAUACGACUUUCAACUAUUACAAAAAUCAAAUAAUCUACAUAGUCAUCCAAUUUAUGAUGACCAAUUUCAACUUCGUUUGUUCAACUAAAAAUCUCGAUAUUUCAUAAUUUUCUUUAAGUUAUCUAACAUACAAGAUACAACACCUUCUUUUAGAAUGGAGUAGAAGACUUAUAAGUGAUUCCACACUUACAUUUUGAAGAGAAUAUCACCUCUACAAUCAUGAUUGGAAAGAUAAGAAGCCUCUCAAUCAAAUAGAUGUUAAUUGAGAUUAGGGUUUCAUGGUGGAACUACGGCUGUUUUUGAGUUUGACCAUGUUAUAUAUAUGAGAUAAAAAAAAUCCUCAGUGGAGCUAUCAAAUUGGGUAAAUUUUGUAGUUACAAGUGGAGGCCAAGGGGAAAGGGACAUGUAAUAGUAAAUAGUUAUGGCCAUUCAAUUCUUUUGUCCUGGUACUGUGAGCAAUCAUAUCCCUUUUGAUCCCUCUUGGUGCUGUAGGGUACCCUAUAGAAAAUAUCCAAUUCAGUCCCACCAUUCAACAUGGCUCCAAAUAGUGAUGUAAUGGGCAUCAAAUGUAAUCAAACAAACCAUAAAAUGUACCAAUCAAAUGACUCCGACUCAAAUGGCUACUACUAAUAGUCUUCUCAUAAUCAAAUUGUAUAUUUGCCUAUUCGUCCUCGACACUUAUCCCGAGUCGUCAUGUGGAGAGAUAAACUUGUACCGAGUGCUUACGUCGUUGGUUUUUUUGCUCUCGUGUGUACUCACUCAUUGGAUCGAUGUAGUGAUAUUAUUUUUAAAAAUCUCGUUCGUGUGCUCAAUUCCACGACGCCCGCGAACAUCCGUGAAUGAGAGUUGACUAUCCGAUCAUGUCAUCAGCAUGCGCGUUGAUCAUCCCGAUGUGGACUUUAUGAAACCAAUCGUAUUGGUAUUGAUCUUGCUAUUUUCAUCCUCGUAUCAAAAUUUUGUCAUUAUGGUGGUGAGUCGUUACACUCAAGUGGUCAUUGACUCAAUCUAUGUUUAGAUUUUGUAAGGACUGAUGAUACGAAUUCGAGGAAGAGCGAUCUAUCAUCAAUCAUCAUCUAUGUAUACGAAUUCGAGGAAGAGCGAUCUAUCAUCAAUCAUCAUCUAUGUAUACGAAUUCGAGGAAGAGCGAUCUAUCAUCAAUCAUCAUCUAUGUACAAAAUCUAAAUUUAUACUUUGUACAAUGAAGAUCGAUCCAACUCAGUAGUUGUACUCGUGACCCCAUAUCCAACUCAGUAGAAAAAAAGGAAGAAAAAAGUAAACAACACGGACGAUGAAAUUUGUCCAGAACUAGCACUAGAAGAGCAGAAGAAGAACAAAAACCACCACACUCUCACUCUGCAGUGUUUUUUCUGCUGUUUCGUUCGGUUUCCCUUUUCCUUCCUUUUUUUCUCCUCCGCAGACAAACGAAACGACGCACCUCUCCGCGCUGGCAAAAGAUUCCCCCUCUUUUCUUUUCCCUGGAAAGAAAAUUCAAUUCAAUUUUCUCGAGAAACAAACACUCCCUUCCAUUCCUUCUCUCUUUCUCCGUUCUGGGCUUCUGGCUGCCAUCUCCUUCAAUCCAGCUCAAUCACAGUCAAAUCAUGCUUCUUCUUCUUCUUCUUCAGUUCCUCUUCUCUCUCACCUAACCCACUAUUUUUUUUUUUAUCCUCUCUCUCUCUCUUCCUUCGUUUUCACUUAAACCUAAAGUAUAAGCUAAAACCCACCCCACCAAUUUCCCCCCUUUCCUUUCAUUUACCCCUUUCUUUAAUUCCAAUUCUGGAUUUUUUUUCUGGGGUGUUCGCCGAUGGGGUGCGCCGGCUCCAAGCUGGACGAUCUCCCGGCGGUGGCGCUCUGCCACCACCGGUGUACCUUCCUCAACGAAGCCAUCGCCCAGCGGUUUCUGUUGGCGGAAGCUCAUCUCGGGUACGUUUAUUCGCUCCGGGGAGUCGCGGAUUCCUUGCAUCAUUUCAUGGAGCAGGAUUUCGGCGGUGGGUUGGAGUCUCCGAAGCUCAAUUUGCCUCCCAAGGGGAAAGGUGUGAGUGUCGAGGAUGUUGGGAAUUCGACGAAGAAGGUUAGUGGUGGCGGGGGAGGCGGCAGGGGUAAAGGUCAUUCCCAAUCUCACUCCGGUUCGCAUCUUCAUUUUAUACCCGAUUCGGACGAGGAGGAGGAUGAGGACGACGAUGAUGAUUCGGAUUCGCAUCUUCAUCUCUCUGAUCACUCGUCUCCCUUGCAUAAUCACGCCGGUGGUGGCGGCGGUGAUGGUGGCGGUGGCAAGCAUGUGAAGUUUAUGAGUUCUGAUUAUAAGCCUAUGCCUGUGGAUCAAAGGCCUUUUCCCGCCGGCGGCGGUGGGUAUCCGGGUGGCAGAGGCGGGUACCCGGAAGGAGGAGGCGGAUACACGGAAGGUGGAUUCGGGUAUCCGGGAGGUGGAGACGGGUUUCCCGGUGGAUAUCCGGGCGGCGGCGGUGGAUAUCCGGGUAGCGGAGGUGGGUAUCCGGGCGGCGGGGGCGGGUUUUUCCAUAUGAAUUAUAUGAAGAAAAAGGGGACAGCUGCGGUGGUUUAUCAGCAGAGGCCGGCGGCUGCGGAGACCGUUCGUUUCGGUGAAUCUUCUUCGUCUUCUUCUUAUUAUUCGCAGCCUAGUAACAAUUCUUCUUACCCUGUUGAUAAUUCGAGCGCUUAUUCGUAUUUCGGGUACCCGAAUAAUGGUGGUGGCAGUGGAAUGGCUGGUUACUACGGCAAUCCGCCUGCUCAUGGAUCUUCAUCUCUGCCUCCCCAGGGUGCUUCCUCGUCGAAGUCGCCGCCAGCUCCGCCAUCACCACCGAGAUCUUCAGCUUGGGAUUUCUUGAAUCCGUUUGGGAGUGACGAGAAGUACUAUCCAUCUUACACUCCCAGCAGGGAUUCCAGAGAAGUGAGGGAAGAAGAAGGGAUUCCUGAUUUGGAGGACGAGGAUUAUCAGCACGAAGUAGUUAAAGAAGUACACGGAGAUCCCAAAUAUGUUGCUGAAAGUAAGGGCAGUGGUGGUGGUGGUCAGAGUAAUUAUGAGAAAUCGGCGAUGAUGGAUGAUGCUGAGAUGGAAGCUAAGCCUAGUGGUGGUGGUAGUGGUGAGGCAGAGGCGUCGCUCUACCAAACAAGGGCUAGUGGUGUGUCAAUGGAGACUGAUGGACCUGAGUAUGAGGUGCACAUAGUGGAAAAGAAGGUUGUUGAUAAGGAGAAGCCCGAUAAGAAUGGCAAUGGCGGCGGGUUUAAGGGUCGAGGAGGGUUGCGGGAUGUGUCUCAAGUUGCUGUUGAGAUCAAGAUCCAGUUCGAGAGGGCUUCUGAGUAUGGGAAUGAAAUAGCGAAGAUGCUCGAAGUGGGGAAGCUCCCUUACCAGCGUAAACAUGUUUCAAAGAAGUUACAAGGUGUUACUCCAUCAUCAUUAUCGUUGUUGUCUUCACAUCCACCUGCUUCCAAUAGCUUGGAGGCUUCAUCCUCGAACGAUAAUGCUGGUCCAGCUUUCCUGGAGAUGGAUGAAGAUCUGGCCUUAAGAUCAAAGAAUCUUUCCUCUACCUUGCAAAAACUGUAUCUUUGGGAGAAGAAGCUCUAUACUGAAGUGAAAGCUGAGGAGAAAAUGCGGGUAGUUCAUGACAGGAAAUGCCAGAAGCUGAAACUUUUGGAUGAGAGGGGUGCGGAAGCUCACAAAAUAGAUGCUACACGAACGUUGAUAAGGAGCCUGUCGACUAAAAUAGGAAUUGCGAUUCAGGUUGUUGACAAGAUCUCGGUCACGAUAAACAAGAUUAGAGAUGAAGAGCUAUGGCCGCAACUGAAUGAUUUGAUUCUCGGGUUGAGUAGAAUGUGGAAAAACAUGCUUGAGUGUCACGAAAUUCAGUGCCAAGCAAUAAAGGAAGCCAAAGGGUUUGGUCCUAUUGGAUCUGGUAACAAGCUCAGUGAUGAUCAUCUCGAAGCUACAAUGCAACUUGAGCAUCAGCUGCUUAAUUGGACUUCCAGUUUCACCAGUUGGGUCGGAGCUCAGAAGAGUUAUGUAAAAGCCCUAAAUAGUUGGCUUGUAAAAUGCAUCCUGUAUGAACCAGAAGAAACGCCCGAUGGCGUGGCUCCGUUUUCACCUGGGAGGAUGGGUGCACCUCCCGUGUUUGUGAUUUGUAAUCAGUGGGCACAAGCUAUUGAUAGAAUAUCUGAGAAGGAAGUGGUUGAUUCUAUGCGCCUCUUUGCAUCGACGGUGUUUAAAUUGUGGGAGCAAGAUAAGGAAGAGAUGCGAAGCAGAAUAAUAACUAACAAGGAUUUGGAAAGGAAAGUUAGGAACUUGGACAGAGAGGAUCAGAAGAUACAGAAGGAGAUCCAAGCAUUAGACAAGAAAAUUGUAUCGGUUUCUGGAGAUGGCGGCGAUGGUUUGUCUGUUACUGGAAAUGUUGUGUAUCAGAGUGAUACUAGCAAUGGCAGUCUGCAAGGUAGCUUACAAAGGAUUUUCGAGGCUAUGGAGAGGUUCACAGCAGAGUCUGUGAAAUCUUAUGAGGAUCUUGUGCAACGUAGUGAAGAAGAAAGUAGAGCUGGAGAACAUGCUGCUUCUUAAUCAUCACAUGGUUCAACCACAUACAGCUUUAUGCAAACUUCACUUGAAGCAGAAGACUUCGCCACCUGGUCACGUGAUUUCGUGGUGAGAUAUGUCUCGCCCCUUCUGCUGCUGAAACUCCUAUGUGAAAGAAGAUUCUGAAAAAGCUGCAGUUGUUCCAUGUGGGCUCACCUAGGUUUGAUGCUGUUUGAAGCUCAGAAGAAUGGCAAUUUGGAACAGAUGGGGAUCGGGCUGCUGUUCGGAAAACUGAGCUGGGCUAUCAGACCUGGUCUGUAAGUGCCAAUUCCUUCCUCUAUUGGAUCAGAAUUGGCAUAGGCCUUAUAGAUCCUGUAGGGCUAUCAUCACAUCUGACACAUCUCAUCGAGCAUUUACAUGGCUGAGAAGGGUCAUAAACAGGGUUCGCUCUGGGGAAAAAAGACAAUGCUGAAGAUGCAAAUCUGAGCAAGAGCAGAACUAGGUUCAAUUUUGAACUGAGGAUAUUUGGUUGAGUUAUAGGAUCAGUGGCCAGUCCCAGAAUGGCGCAAGUCUUGGAAAAUGCCCACAGAUCAGAUAUAUAUGGUAAAUAACUUAACUUUGAUUUUCUUCUCGGACUUUUUUCGGAAUAUUUAUUACAUUAAAUUCUGUAUAGAUCUUUUCUUCUCCCUGAUAUAGCUCUUCUCAUAGCAAAGGGUCUCUGUGAGGCUCUAAUUAGAGGUUCUUAACAUCCAUUAUUUCGUGUUGCUCCUGCAAUUCGAAUCCUGUAUCACCACUGAACUAGAGAGACUAGGAAGGUGAAUGUACCAUUGUAAUCUUGUUGGGGAUGGCAAUCGAAGCAGAGAAACUAGAUGAUUUUUACAUAUCAUUCAUACAUGUCUCUUCUAUGCUAUGAGAAUGAUUAGCUGUGUGGGUUGUGAUUAGGACACAGUUUGUUUUCUACUAAUCUUGUACUAAUGUACUAUUAUUAGCUUGGAAGAGUUUUGCUUAGAGUGAUUGCAACAAUGAUGACAAAAUAUCUUUCUGGCUUUGGGAACACAACAGCUCACAGUACUCUGAUUUGGGGAUGUAGCAAAGAUAGGGCUAAACUAUUUGUAAUGAUUAUCUGUUGGCAAUAACUGUGGGAAGUUGAAGGUGGUUUAACCUCUUUCAGCAUAGGAGGGUUAUGAUGGUGUGAACUGAAUCGAGUUUUGCAGGACUUUUUUUGUAUGCCAUUUGUGACAGCUGAAAUGAAAAUAACAGCUUUCCUUUGUUUGUUUUGGUUUGUGAUAGGUCUAGGUAGGCCAGAGGAUCUUGCACGCUUCUUCCUCUCUAAUCUCUUAUCUUUCCCAAACCUUGUUUGGGCCUUUGGGGAAAUGACUGUAAAAGUGAUGCUCAUCCUGAAUGGUUUUUUGUAUGGUAGAGAGAGGGUGGGUUGAUGUGGAAAUUGUGGAUGGUAACAUGUCAAUUUAGGUGAAUGGUGUGUUUUAAAGGGUGUUUGUUGAAGAUCUUUCGCCGUCCAUUGUUGACCAUAUGUAUUCGAGAUUGUAUAAGUUUCGUUUAUUUGAGAUCAGUUAUAUUUUCAUUAAGAUACAACACUGUAUAUCAUAUGAAAGAUGUUUUCGUCCUGCUUUUAUCAGUCCUUUUCGAUAGUUGAAAUAUGGUUUUCUUGUGCUCAUUGUGCGACGGUAAUUGUGAGUAAAAAAUGGGAAGAAACAACAUUAGGAAUAUUAUCUUCCACCAAUUUGAAGACAAUGGACCCUUAGAAAUGUAAGGGUAAUCAUUUAGCAAAUCAUGUGUUGCAUGCUCUCCAACUUAACACAUUUUCUGUGCAAGUAUAAGCAAGUUAAACGAGAGUAAGCGAGUCAAUUAACAUAAAACGAGCAAACAUAGAAAUUUUCACGAAUUCAUUAGCAACAAGAUAGCAAAAAUAUAAAUAGAUAUAUCAAAG